AUGGAAAAGGUACGAAAAACGAGAUGGACUGCUAACUUGUCACUGUGUUGGUGGACUCUUUUGCAUCACAUACUAGGAGCGCAUGAAAUUGCAGCGCCCAUUGCAGGCGCGAGAAAAUCUACAGGAUCUGAUGAGCGCGCUGCGUUAGACCAAGCACUGUUACUCGUCGAAAUUCUCAAAUCAGAAUAUUCCAGAGUUCUCAGGGAGAAUGAGAAACUGCAAGGCAGGACAAAAUUGCACGCGAUUGACACGCAAACCUGCGCUACGACUGCGGAAAAACCGUCACAAGUUUCAUUAGCACGUACUCUUCAGGAUAACGUAGCGCCCCCACAUUCACCAGCGACGCCGUUUUCAAACUGGAAUGCUCAACGCGGCCUAAAUGGCUUUCGGCGUCAACGUCGUUGGCGUCCACCUGCUUCAUUUUAUUACUAUGAUGUGCCCUUUAGAAGGCUGUAUGACAGCAGAGAUUACUUUGGUGCGAACAUUGGUACGGUGAAGUGGCGACGUUUCAAUUACGACGAAGACUUCGGACCUCAACCAGGCAACAACAAAACAACAACAUCAACGAAAACAACAACGACCACGAAAACAUCCAGCAAGAAGCAGACAACAGCUGCCUCUACCGCUAAGACUAAAAAUACUGCCUAUAUCGAAGUUCCAGAAUCUUCUUUCACUUCUGUCGGAGGCGGUAGCACAAAUGUUUCCAAUGAAAUUGUUACUAAGCCAGGAAUAUCGGGACCUACUUCCGAGAAGACUGACAAUCUUUUGAUAACUGAAGAUACUGUUUAUACGAACCCUUCUCAGUUAUCAUCAUCCCAAUACACUGCCCAGAAAAGCAAAAUUGAAACCAUUGGCAACCAUAGUUCACCAAGACCUCUCAGGAAAAAACCGCUGCCGUUACCCAGAAACACAAAAGGUAAUGGUAUACCAACAACGCGAGUGAGAGAGCCAGAGUUAUCGCAAGCUGCGGAAGAACUUGUCAAAGAGCUCGGAGCUGUUGCUACGCCUGGUAGCUUUGGACAUCGCUUCUCAAUCUUGUGGCGUGGCUCAACAAAAGCGUACUUGGCAGAUAGCACCCGUUACCCUGUACCUUUACCACAAAACCACGCUUUCUGCUUCACCAAUCCCCACAACGCGCUAUGUCGAACUUUUAUUUAA